AUGACAGUUGGAGACUACAGGCCAAUUACUCUCUACAAUGUUUUCUACAAAAUUAUCUCGAAGAUUCUAACCUUACGACUUCAACCCAUCCUCAACGGAAUCAUCUCUGAGAACCAAUCUGCGUUUGUCCCUGGAAGAGCAAUUUCAGACAAUGUUAUGAUCACUCAUGAAGUUCUACACUUCCUGAAGAUCUCGAGUGCAAAGAAACAAUGCUCAAUGACAGUAAAAACAGAUAUGAGUAAAGCGUAUGAUAGAAUAGAGUGGGAUUUCCUUACCGCUGUUCAAAGAAGAAUGGGUUUCCACCCAAAAUGGAUCAACUGGAUUCACCAAUGCGUCUCCUCAGUCACCUACUCAUACCUCAUAAUAAUACGGCUCAUGGACAAAAAAGCUCAGGGACAAGGAAGUUUGCAUGGAAUUCAUGUGGCUACAAAUAGUCCCAGAGUAAACCAUCUUCUCUUCGCCGAUGACACAAUGUUUUUCUGCAAGUCGAGUACAAACAACUGUAAGGCCUUAAAGAGAAUACUACAAGAGUAUGAACAAGCUUCAGGACAAAAGAUCAAUGUGGAUAAGUCAUCCAUCACGUUCUCAGCGAAAACGUCCCAAGUUUCAAGGAGCCAGGCCAAACAAAUACUUGGAAUAGUAAAAGAAAGAUCUUUUUGCCCUGAUCGUUGA